UUGAAAUUGUUUCGGUUGAAGCGUGUUGUUGUUGUCUUUUGAUUUCAAAAGAAGUACAAAAUAAUGGCUGGAACACCAGUACACAAUCUCCAAAGAAGUGUUCUAAGAGACAGUAACUCGUUUUCUCCAUUUGCAAUCCCUCCGUCGCCAGCCAUGACAAAACUAGGCUGUGGAACUGGAGUGAAUGUUUAUCGAUUUAAUCGAAAAAGUCUUACCCACGAAGGCCUAGAAAAGUCGCCCUGGGCUGUCAAGAAAGUUACAAAAAAAGCCCGCUCUAACAUCAGUGAGCGUUUGGCUCUAGAGGCAAGUAUUUUAAAAGAUCUAAAACAUCCAAACAUUGUAGGAUUUCGCGCUCUUACAGGCAACAAAGACGGAGAACUGUGCCUCGCGAUGGAAGAUUGCCAUAUGUCGUUAAUGGACUUGAUCGACGAGAGAGCCUAUCUUGAAGAACAUUUCUCUUAUGAACAAGUCUUCAAAGUUGCCUGGUCUAUCGCUAAAGCCUUAGAAUACCUCCAUGUAGAGAAAAAGAUACUUCAUGGUGAUCUUAAGUCUGGAAAUGUCCUGAUACGUGGAGAUUUUGAGGCGGUAAAGCUCUGUGAUUUUGGGGUGGCAUUGAAGCUGAAAGAUGAUCUGUCUGGUCUUGCUGAUCCCAAAAAGCGCUAUACAGGAUCUGAGCCUUGGAAGAGCAAAGAAGUAUUGAAUCAAGACAAUGGGGGGAGAGUUUGUGACAAGACAGACAUAUUUGCCUAUGGCUUGACCAUCUGGGAAAUGUUGACCCUAAAUGUCCCUCAUGUUGAUUUAUUGGCGGACACCGAUACUGAUUGUUCAAUGAGUGGUGAAGAGGAAGACUCGGAGGAGUACCUUGCAGCUCUAGGUACUCGCCCUCCUCUGACACGUGAGAAUUUYGAUCCAUCGUUUUCAACUCUUAUCGACUUGUUCCACGUCUGCACCUUUGAGGACCCUGACAAGAGACCAUCAAGUAAAGCCAUUGUUCAGAUUCUAAAACCUUAUGCAGAAAAGAUCCUUAGGGAAUGARAAAUGGUUCAAUAUACAGUAAUACAAAUAGAAAAUCAAAGUGCUCAAUCCAAAAGAUUGUCAUACUUGGCCUGGAAGGAAGAUGUAAAAUAUAUCUGUAGGCUGGUCUGUAGUCCMCACAAAGAUUUAGAUAAGUCAAAAUGCUGUCAAUAGUUGUUUUUAUUUAAGUUGUAUGUUUAAAGUGGAAAAUGAAAAAUAUGUUAUCUUUGUAUCUCCAAAAA